AUGUCAGCUUCAUCAACCACAGCCUCGAGCACGCUGUCAAGGAGCAGAGCCGCAGUCUUGCUAGUCGCGAGUCUCGCAGCUGCCUGUGGCGCAUAUUAUCUCUAUAGCAGUGCUGCGUACAAAGCCGAAGCUGCUGCCCUCCCCGGCGGAGGGCUACAUCGAAGAAACGCCAUCCAUCGACGGCGAAGGCGGAAUACUACGACCGACGAUGACCCAUCCUCCCUGUUCGUAGACAACGAUGCCGAACAAAAUGAAAACGAAGAAGGGCACUUAGUCGCGAGAACCCUCACUGAUGGGGAUACCGUGGUGGACGACCAGGCAUUCGAGGAGGAAUUUGGUUUCAACAAUCUGCCACAAGCCUACCAGCGGAAUGGCCAGAACAUCGUGCAGCUUCUUUUUCGAGUUUCCGAAGACGCCACAAGACGAAAUGCCUAUGUCCACAGGGGGUGCGGUUGCAAUGGCUGUGGCGCGGUGCCAAUCAGAGGAAUUAGAUAUCGAUGUUCUAAUUGUGCCGACUAUGACCUCUGCGAGGGUUGCGAAUCACAAGGACUUCAUACGAAGACCCAUAUCUUCUAUAAGAUUAGGGUGCCGGGGCCCUCGUUCGGACCUAAGAAUAUCCAACCAGUUUGGUAUGCGGGAGAUCCGGACUCGGUCAUGAGGGUGCUUCCAAAGGAGAUCACGACGAAACUGUCACGAGAGACAGGCUUCGAGAGGCCUGAGUUGGAUGCAUAUUGGGAACAAUGGACAUUCAUGGCCAACACGGACUGGAGAGAAGACCCAGAUGAUAUCGGCUUGGCUAUGGACCGUAAGACUUUCGAGCGUUGCUUGGUUCCCUCCGGUGGUUAUAGGCAUCCAAGCCCAAGCCUCAUAUUCGAUAGAAUGUUUGCCUUUUACGAUACGAACAAAGAUGAUCUCAUCGGCUUCCCGGAAUUCCUUCAUGGCAUUGGAUACCGGAAAAAGAAGAAUAAAUGGGCUAGGAUUUUUGAGGGCUACGAUAUAGAUGGAGAUGGGUACGUUGAUAGGAAGGACUUUCUCCGGAUGUUCCGCUCAUAUUACGUUCUCUAUCGUCAAAUGCAUCGGGAUAUGUUAGAAGGUAUGGAAGAGCAGCAGAUGAGCAGCACAGAAGCACAUCGACUUGUGAACAGCCGACAGCCUCUUAGCAGUGCCUUUGGACAAGACGGACGGUAUCCUCGGGCUCCAGAUGUGCGUGCAGGCGAAGGAAAAACGUCGCGCACGAAUGGAGACCUUGAGAUUAUCGACGGCAAAGGUGUCAUGAAUGAAAGUAGCAGUGAUACUGGAAACAGGGAAGAUAUUUUUCGGCAGAAUAUAAUGACUCUCAGUCGAUAUCACCAACUACUCAGAGACAGUGAUAGGCAUGGUGGCAGGAAUGAUAACAUGAAUAGUGGGGGGUAUUGGGAAACUAUGGUGAACCCUCCGCAGACACAGGAACAAUUGACCAACGUCGUGCGGAAUAUGAGAAGAAUACGAGAACAAGCCGAAGACAUACUCCAAGGACGCAUAAAUGCGAAUGGACACUCCCUAGGUGAGCGUACCGGGCAAGAUGGGAAUAAUGAUAAUGAGGGCUCUUCAUCGGAAUCUGAUGAGGGAUCUGUCUCUGUAGCAGGUCAACAGUCAUGGCUUCCAAGCUAUGUCACUGUAACGGACGAAGAUGCUGAGGCGAUUGAGGGUCCCGGAACUUGCGUCGACGACGUGAGUCCAGAGAGCCGCCAAACGGUUAUCGCUCACGCUGUAUAUCGUGAGCGCGCUCAGCGGGAGAUCUAUGACCGGUGGAAGCGGAGACAGUUCUAUACGGAUGAAGAAGAGGGUGCUGCUCCCCCAAGUGGUUGGAAAGAGGACGACGAUGUCCUGGUCGAUUCUGCAGUAACAGGCGAAAGCUCAAAAUCUCAACAUCGGCCUUCAAUGCAUUCACGGUCAUCAUCAAAGGUUCGGUUUGCUGAAGACAUGGAUGAUUUUGAUACAAGGUCAAAUCCCUCCACGUCAUCUAGAAGUGUUCCUGAACGAUGGGGCGGAAUAGAAAUCCCCGACGCCGAGCGAGAUUCUGGAAAGGAGAUCCUAUAUCAAGUCACGCAACAGGCUUUCAAUGAGCUAUUGGAUCCGCUUUUCAAGGAAAAAGAAGAUUUAGCAGUGCAGGCUGCGGAGUUGAAAGACCAGCGGGAGAGAUAUAGGGCACUGUUUACUACACCUGAAUUUGAUGCAUGGGCCAACGAGAAGGAAGCCGAGGAAACCAAGGGCCGAGAAACCACUCAUACACAGGCAGUUGAAACCCGUCCCGUAUGGCCAAAUUUUCCAGAAACCGAAGUGGAGGAAGUGCGGCAGCGGCCACUUGGAGAGCUUUUAGAGUCGACUGGAUACCAGGUGGAAAUAACAGACCAACAGAGCGAUCAUAUGCCUGAACUUGUGGCGAUCUCAGACCUUCUACAAGGGGGCGCCCUUCAGGAUGGUGUUUCGAACGGGAACGAAGAUCAGUAUCUGUGCAAUCACCAACCUUCUGAACCAGCUGAUAUAACAACCGAACACCUACCUCCUCGAUCCCACCCUCCAGCUUUGCAUCCGGAGCCCUUGUUAUCGGCAUCGCCUUCCUACCGUGAUCCUACACUCCCACAAUUCCGUCCAAACUCAGCGCCUAUGGCUCCUGUCACAACCCGAGCGCCUCAUUUCUCACGCUUCGCAGAAGACUUACCCGGCGUGGAUGCGGAAGAUCACGCAUUGUUCCCAAUUGGAACCGCCGAGGAGCUUUCCCUGACGACGAACAAUCACACCGAAGCACAGCCUCAGCCAGAACCUCACGAAACAUCGGCCACAUCUCAGGAGGCCAAUCAUGCAGACGGCCAGCCUUCCCAGGAAACAUUGUACCUACUCUGGAAAUGUGAUAAUGCCGCUAAGUUAGCGGAGAAGUGUGGUGGAUGGGGAAGGUUGAACCUCCAGGAGUUCGAAGUCUUAGUUAAGUUGUUUGUUAAGGAAGGCAAGGGGAACCAAAUGGAUUAUUUAGGGAGCUGGAUUGACCUUUGUAUCCCGUAA